AGUCUACGCACGGCGUGGACGGGCCUGCAUCGUGGCGUUUAACGCUCGAUCAGGAUCUUAUUGACACGCUCAAGGGCAGUUUCCCCAGUUGGUUUCAGCAGACGUCGACAGGUGCCAUUGGCACAACAACGGUUGUCGGUAACAGCAGCGGUAGCUGCAGUAGUGCCGCCACCAAACUUUUGACCACUACAGCCAAUCACAUAAAUCGCACGAAGACAUAUAACUACAACAACAAUACCAUUACCAUCAACAGCAAUUAUCGGCGUAACCAUCACAGCUAUCACUAUCCGAGUAUCCUCAACAAUACCAAUAAGAAUAACACCAGCAACAACCACGUGAAUAAAAUUAUCAACGGCAAUAACAUCAACGGUCUUACCAUCACCACGACUACCGCCACAUCGAACGCCAACCGCAACAACAUCACACCCAGCGGCAGCAUAAAUCUGCUGAAUAAUACAAUUUGUGUGACCCCCAUAACGAUUGAUACGAGCGGCGGUUAUUUGCAUACCUCGUCGUCAUCCACGGGUCAUCAUAAUUUUCUUAGCAACCAAAAUACACUCCAUUUGCAUCAGUUGAACGGGACCAGUCUGCUAGCCAACGCCUGUUCUUCCCUGUCAUCUUCGUCAGCAUCGCCAGCAUCAAGUGUGACCUCUAACUGUUCGGGUAAUUCACAUUCAACGAUCUCAUCGAAAAAUUCCCAAAGCUCCACAAGCCACCAACGCCAACAACAGCAGCAACAAGUAGUAGUGGUGGGAGGAAAUAACGCAGGAGUAGUAGUAGCAGCAACAAACAACGUUAGUGGUGGUGUUAGUCAAACUAUUUCCAACUCUAAGCCACCAAUUUUGAUAAACAAAUCCAACCAUUCAUCAUCAUCUUCCAGUUCAUCGUCGUCUUCGUCGUCGUCCUCAUCGUCAUCCUCUUCGUCCUGCUCGUCGUCAUCCUCCACGUCCUGCUCAUCUUUGUCUUCGUCAGCAGCCAGCAAAUCGAAGGCAUCGGUCUCCACCACAGUCUCAACGAAAAAAUCCUCAAAUCCUCCAAUAAAGACACCGAAAAUCUCCAACAACACCUCCACACUUGCCAAAUCGUUGCCAAGCGCCAGCAUAACCGUGACAACAACAACAGCAGCAGGUGCAACCGUCAAUAGUGUCACUCUGAAACCCAUAACCACAGUAUCGACACCGACACCAACACCUGUGGCACCACCCCUACCCGCCCACAUACCCAGCGCUGUGGGAGCGACAACAAUUACCCGUGUAAUUCCAAAAUCACCAUCAUUGCAUAGCCUCAGUGGUGGUUCGUUACUUGCAACAUUCUCAUCACCCGGUUCGGCAACAACGUUCGAACUUAUAUCGGAUUCUUCGUGCAACGGCCUAUUGAACGCCACCCAUCUCAGUGGCAAGGCAGCCUUUGAGCAGACAUUUCAAGACGUCAUAUUAUUACAGGAAGCCUACGACGAUAUGUCAGAGGGCGAACAACGUUUAAAUGCAUCAUUUCUGGGAGGAGGCAUCAGCAGCAGUGAUGACGCCACAAAUUCCGAUUUUUAUGAUCCACGGCAAUCGCCGCCCAAGGCAAUUGUCGAUUCCAGUCCCCUGCAGCCACAAAUGGAUAAAAACAAAGAAUCACUCAAAGUGAAAUUGAUGGUGCGAAGACCCCACUCCCAGCUGGUGGAACAAGGCAUCAUACCACGUAAGUACCAACCAAAAAAAAAAACAAAUAAAAAUAAAAGCUUUAUGAUAAUUGUUGGAAAUUAA